AUGUCAAAAAAAAAUCAAGCAAAUGAUGUUAAAAAACAUGACGAUGAUUUUUAUGGUGGACAAAGAAGACAAGAAACAGAUUUAGGUGGCGGCGGUGGUAGUGGAAAAUCAUUAUGGGACGCAGCGAGAGAAAUUGCUGCAAGUCGAGAAAUGGCUGAAACAUUGCCAACAGAAUCGAAUACUGUUCUUUUUGUUGGAAGUCGAACUGGAGGUAAAACAACAAUGAUUCUACGAUACUUGGAAAGAACAAAUGAAGCAGCUAAACCUACUAUAGCACUUGAUUAUAAUUAUGCAAAGAAACCCAAAACGAUUGAUACAAUAGGAAAAGAUAUUGGUCAUAUAUGGGAAUUAGGUGAUGGUACUUCUCUUACGAAAUUAAUCGAUGUUGUUCUUACGCCAGAAACCAUUGGAAAUGCAUCUGUUGCACUUGUCCUUGAUUUAUCUCAACCACAAGAAUUAUGGAAUACAUAUCAAAUUUUAUAUGAUACGAUAGCUAAAAGAGUAAAAUAUUGCAUAAGUGAAGCAGCAAAACAAAAUCCAAAUAUUAAAGAAAAACUUAAAGAAUCAAUUCUUAAACGUCUCGGCAGUACAAUUCGUCCAGAAAAACAUGAUAUUGAACCACUUCGUAUUCCACUAUUAAUUAUUGGUUCAAAAUAUGAUCUAUUUCAAACUUUGGAACCUGAUGCAAAAAAAUCUAUUAUAAAAACGCUUCGUUUUCUUACUUACUAUCAUGGUGCGACAUUAAUGUCGUAUAGCGAAAAACAAGAAAGUGUUGUACAUUUAAAAUCCAUGAUGAAUCAUUUCUUAUUUGACACUGAAUUGUCAAAUAAACAACCACAAAUUGAUUAUCAAAAACCAUUAUAUGUCAAGUCAGGUAGUGAAACACCUGAUCAAAUCGGCCCACCACCUAUUCCGGAAUAUGAUCUUGGUGAUUUACGUGAAAAUACACCGAUUGCUGUUUGGAGAGCUGCAUUUUCCAAACGAUUUCCACAAGAAGCUGAACAACGAGACCCAUCAUUGACACAAGAUUAUGGUCGUGAUCCUCAGUAUGCUGAUGCAGCAAUCGAUGCAAUGAGAGAGCAAAAAAUGGCUGAAUUACAACGUUAUUUAACAAUGAAAAAUCGUUCACAUUCUUAA